UUACAAAUCUUCUCAUCCCUUUUUCCAAAACCAAACCCCUGUAACUCGAAACCAACCAGAGAAGAAGAAGAGGAAUGGAAUCAGCGAAAUCCGCCAGCCUGGGCAGCUCUCUGCUCGUGCCUUCCGUCCAGGAGUUGAUCAAGACCGAAAUCGGCGCCGUCCCGCCCAGAUACUUGCGCCCUGAUCAAGACCAGCCCAUCGUUUCCGACGCCGAUGUUCCGAUUGUUGAUUUGGGUAAGCUGGUUGAUGAAGCCACCAUGGAUUCCGAGCUCGCCAUCCUCCACUCCGCCUGUAAAGAUUGGGGCUUUUUCCAGCUGGUAAACCAUGGAGUAAGCUCUACUGUGGUGGACAACAUGAAGACACAAGUUCAAGAAUUCUUCAACCUCCCAAUGGAAGAAAAGCAAAAAUUCUGGCAAUCACCAGGAGAAGUGGAAGGUUUCGGACAGUCAUUCGUUGUCUCCGAGGAGCAGAAGCUCGAUUGGGCCGAUCUCUUCUUCCUCGUCACUCAGCCUCCACAACUCAGGAAGCCUCAUUUGCUCCCGAAGCUCCCCCUUCCUUUCAGGGACACAUUGGAGAGCUACUCCCUCGAGGUAAAGAACCUGGCAGGCAAAGUACUGGACCAAAUGGCGAAAGCCUUGCAGAUGAAACCAGAGGAGAUGAAGGACAUUUUCUCAGGGAACAUAAGGCAGACAAUGAGGAUGAACUACUACCCUCCGUGCCCCCAGCCCGACAAGGUCAUCGGCCUGACACCCCACUCCGACGGCACUGGCCUCACCAUCCUCUUACAAGUGAAUGAAGUUGAAGGCUUGCAGAUCAAGAAAGACGGGAACUGGGUACCGGUUAAGGUCCUUCCCAACGCGUUCGUGGUCAAUGUCGGUGACAUCGUCGAGAUCAUAACCAAUGGGGUGUACCGGAGCAUCGAGCAUCGGGCGACGGUGAACUCGGAGAAGGAGAGGCUGUCGAUUGCUAGUUUCCAUUCUCCUAGGUUUGAUGGUGAGAUUUACCCUGCACCGAGCUUGGUGUCUGGCGAGACGCCUGCCUUGUUCAGGAAUGUGAGCGUUAAGGAGUUCUUUAAGGGGCUAUUCUCUCGUGAGCUUCAGGGGAAGUGUUACCUCGAUACCUUGAGAAUCUAAUGAGGGUUGGAAAUGGCCCUACGAAAGCAUCCUUUCAGGUUUGCUUGCAGCUUGUUCUUGCAUGAGUAACAGAAAUGUACCGUAUUUUGGGUUUGCUUGUAUAAUAUUGGGGUAAAAAAAUGCAAGAAUGCCAUUGAACUUUUUGUCGUUGUUAAUACAUCAGUUUGUUAUUUUUAUUUUUGUGGUUGCCAAU